AUGGUUGCUCAAAAGAUCACCGUCAGUCCGCGUCAAGGAGACGAUAACGGAACACAGUUCAAUUCAAACCAAAGACAAGGUUUUUUCGCAAACGAGUCUCAAGGCUCGACGUUCUCUGAAACUAAUAGACAUAGAUCGCUUAAAGUUCCAAAAGAACCAACAGGUGAACGGUCAGCGCGGAGUAAUCCCCAACGCAAGAACAGAAUUGCUAACAUCUACUCCAACGCCAACAACCAGCUUUUCAGAGGUAAGAGGGGUCGCCGCCGGUCCAACACAAUGUUCCACGACAUGGAUUACGAGUUCCUAGAAGGUCUGGUGCAAUUGACUUCGGCACCCGUCGCGGAAGGAAUAGUACAGUCCAUUGAUUCUCAAAAUAUAACCGAAAAGGCAAGGGCAUACCACACAGACACACAGCACACACCAUCCUCACCGCAAGGUUGGGAUGUUCCGGACGCUAAUUCGCCGUCAGCUUCGAUUCAUAACCAAACGCUGAGCUAUCCCGUCUCUCCCGAGGAGGGGAUCGCUGCUGGCUUUAAUACUGAUGUAUCAUACAAUACAAAUGCUACCAACCAAGUCAUACCGUUCCAAGAACAGUUCCUAGACAUCAGUACACUGUCGAUGACGAUAGAUGAUUUAGCGCCGGCUAGUGUUGCCGAGACGAAUUCGUGGGAGACCACGGACUUCGAUUGGCAAAACACUGACGACUUAGACUACACAAAACCAACAUCGAACACACACAUUAUGCCCUUCAUAGACCAAGAGGACUCCCUGGACGCGAAAUACAUAUCUGUUAUACCGAGGGAGGUCGAGAGCAAUGACGUAGUUAUAUCAGAUUACAUCAUUAAUGAGAAGACAGAAACUAAGCCGUCCACCGCCCACAACGACAACAUACACCACGACAAGCGGAGCGGCGGGCUGUCGCUAGACGUGGCCAGGUACACACAGAACUGGCAAGGAGAAGUCAUCAGCACACCAGAGGUUCUGAGUUAUGUAGAGCAGUUGGAGAAAGAGAAAUGCACACUCCCCAGCUCGCAUACUUUGACCACUGAUCCUAUAGUCUUCAAGAACACCAUUAUCGAAGAUUCCCCUCCGGCCCCUGUCGACUAUGAACCUAUCACACCCAAGAGUGAACCGCAAAUUGAAUCAGAUGAGGAUAUAAAACCGGGCUCGAGGAAGAGAAGGCGGAACGACAGUGAGGACUCGGACGUGUCUUACACUCCUUACUCUGUGAGCAGUUCACCAAGGAAGUAUAGGAAAAGAAAGCCUAGCAUACCGAUCAAAGACAUGAUUAGAGCUCUAGAAGGCGCUCAGCAACAAACAAAAGCUAGAAGAGGCCGACCACCCAAGAGGAGGGAGAGCGACGUAUCAGCUGUCAGUGAGAACUCAACACACGAGAUCAGCUACAGGAAACUAAGGGACAAGAAUAAUGAGGCGUCCAAGAGAUCGAGAAUGAACAGGAAGCUGAAGGAACUGCAAAUGGAACAAAUGGCUGUCGACCUGGAGGAGAGGAAUAAACGACUACGAAUAAGAGCAGAGCUAUUAGAAGAAGCGACGAAGAAGCUUCGAGAUGCCUUCAUGUUAGCGGUGUCCCAGAAGAAGGCUGGUUAA